AUGAAGAUAUCGAAAACAAAGAAGCAGAAACCAAAUAAAUAUACUAUUUCAUCAGAUAGUGAGGAAAGUGUUGCUAGCUUAAUUCAUUUGACAAACUAUGACUCUGAUGACGCCAUGCUCCCACUUUCCUCAUUUGUUCAACCAAAGCCUGUUAAUUAUAAAGAAGUCAAAUGGGAAGAGAUUAAGACAGAUGUUUUUCUUCUGGUUAAAUUUGUUGGAGGGGCUAGAAAAGUGACUACUUACAAAUACGUCUGUGUAAUUAAAGAGAAAGAUAAAGAAGAUAACGAAAUUGCUAUUGUGCGAUUGCGAGCGCUCAAUGAAGUUUGCUCUGAUUUUUAUAUUAAUGAGAGUGAUGAAUCUUUCAUACAAAUGGACAUGGUUGUAGCCAUUCUUCCUCAGCCUGAAAUUAAAUUCGAAAAACGUAAAAUGAUUUAUUCUUUUCCUGGAACAAUAGACGUCUUCAAGAAACCAUAA